UCGCCGACUCCAGGAUUCUUAUUCUCCCUCGAUUGAACUGCUCAAGAUACAGAGAGAAGCUCAACACAGCCAUGAGGAAAUCAUAUCAAAACACCAUAAAAGGGAUUUCAAGCGAAGUGGAUUCUUGGAUUUUUUUUCAAACUGAGGUCUCUAUUUUGGAAUACUGCACCGGGAUUGAGCGAGUAAUUCGGGAUUUUCCAGGUUUUCUUCAUCUAUAGAAGCCUAAGAGGAUAUUGUGGGAUUGGAAUUUCUGCAACUCUCUGGUUUUCUGACACUGACCUACAUCAGCCUGCUUUUGAUGUGUGUGGGGGCGUGUGUGUGUGGAGGGGAGUAGGACAGGUUUCAGCGCAAACACACAAAACUCCACCCCCCCCCCCCCCCCUGCUGGCACAUCACAAGGAGAAACACCUGGGGCGAGAUCACACACACACACAAAAAAACCACACACACACACACAUAUAAACCUGGAUAACAUGUGGAGCUGAUUCGGAUUAUAGAGCCGCACAGACGGAAAAGGUCUGUGGAUAGCCAGGCGUUCUACCAUGCCUGUCCCCCCACCCCUCAAUCCCCGCAGACAAAAACACCUGCCCCACACACACCUCCACCCCGAACAAAGGGCAAAACGUUCCACCUUCCCCUCCUUCUUCCCUCCAUCCAUCCUCUCUUUCUCUUUUCUUCCCCCUCUCCUCGUCUCAUCUUUGUCCUCCUCAUCCCAUCUCGUCCACUGCGCCUGCCCCAGAGCUACAAAAAGAACGCUUCCCGACUCUGUCCCUUUUCCAGCUUUUCACUGGCUGACUCUGGUCACAUGCUGCCUGCUGCCUUCUCUGAUUGGAGCAGGGGAGACGUGGGGCGUGGUCUCAGCCUGUCCCUUCCACUGCGUGUGUCGAAACCUUUCAGAGUCGCUCAGCACGCUCUGCGCCGACAAGGGCCUCCUGUUCGUCCCCCCGCACGUUGACCGGCGCACUGUUGAGCUGCGACUGGCUGACAACUUCAUCACGGAGGUGGGAGGUCAAGACUUUGUCAACAUGACUGGAUUGGUUGAUUUGACUCUGUCAAGAAACACCAUCCACUUGAUCCGACCGAUGGCCUUUGCUGACCUGGAGAGUCUGCGAUCUUUGCAUCUGGAUGGUAACCGCUUGACAACACUUGGACCAAGGGACCUUGCAGGUUUGGUGAAUCUGCAGCACCUGAUCAUCAACAACAACCAGCUGGUCAAAGUCUCUGCCCAGGCCUUUGAUGACUUUUUGCUCACAUUAGAGGACCUCGACCUGUCAUAUAAUAACCUCAGAAGGGUACCAUGGGAGUCCAUUCAGAACAUGGCCAGUCUGCACACACUGAACCUGGAUCAUAACCUGAUAGACCAUAUAGCGGAAGGAGUCUUUGGAGAGCUCUAUAAGCUUGCAAGGCUGGAUAUGACCUCCAACAGGCUCCGAACCCUGCCUCCUGAUCCCCUCUUUGCAAGGUCGCAGACAGGUGCAAUAAGCCCCACCCCCUACAACGCUGUCAUAAGCCUGAAUUUUGGGGGUAACCCACUGCACUGCAAUUGUGAACUGCUAUGGUUACGGCGGCUUAUCCGUGGAGACGACAUGGAGACCUGUGCCACACCUCCUCACCUGGCUGGAAGGUAUUUCUGGUCAAUUCCUGAGGAGGAGUUUACUUGUGAACCACCUCUCAUCACCCGUCACACCCACAAGCUGUGGGUCUUGGAGGGCCAGCGAGCUACGCUGAAGUGCCGUUCCAUCGGCGACCCCGAGCCAGUAGUACACUGGGUUUCACCAGAUGACCGCAUCAUUGCAAACUCAUCCCGGACCAGCUCCUUCAGCAAUGGGACCUUGGAUAUCUUAGUAACGGUUGCCCGGGAUGACGGGGCAUACACAUGUAUCGCAAUAAAUGCAGCGGGUGAAGCAACUGCAACUGUGGACCUCAAAAUAAUCCCCCUGCCUCACCGGGGCGGAGCAGGUGGAAACACAGGGAAUAACAAUGUGAACACCAAGAACAACAGGAACAUAACCAAUGGGAUUUUAAGGACCGAUCCGGGCUCCUCAGAUAUCAGCACGGGGAAAAACGGAGGAAUUAACAAUGGCGCAGGACGUGGAGGAGAGGUGGAGGAUGGGAGAAGAGGUGGAGGGGAGGACAACGAGGGCGACAGCGGCAGAGCCUCUGAGGCGGAGAGGGCUGAUGGAGGGAGCAUGGAGGACGACGAGGGGGACGAUGAGGAAGGGAGGAUGGUUGGAGUACAAGGUGUUACAUCAACCUCGGCUCAGGUCCGAUGGGAUUUGGGGCGUUUGUCUGCAGGUUACGUGGUCUGGAUGUAUCAGAUACAGUACAACUGCACCGCCGACGAAACCCUCAUCUACAGAAUUCUACCAUCCACCAGUGACCGUUUCCUGUUGAAGAACUUGGUUUCAGGAGUGGACUAUAACUUGUGCGUACUGGCCAUUUUUGAUGACACGAUCACGUCAUUAGCAGCAACAAAGGUCCUGGGCUGUACCACGUUCUCCACCAAGGAUGUUUACCCGGCGUGCCGCUCUCUCCAAGCCCACUUCCUGGGAGGGACGCUCACCAUUUUGGUUGGCGGCGUUGUCGUGGUCACCCUACUCGUGUUCACUGUGGCGCUAAUGGUUCGCCACCGUGUGUGCAACCAUGGCGACCACAUUAUAUGUCACAACAGCAACGCUGAGGCAGGAGGUGGGGCCUGCUGUCAGGGAGGAGGUGUAGGGGGCGGGGACAAAGGUGGCAACAGUAGUGGAUGCUACCAAUCAAAUGGUUCCGGGGACAUGAUGAUGGUGGUCCUACCCAAUGGUCUCCCUUCCAAGAGAGGGGAGAAAGACAAGGACAAGGACAAGAAGAAGGAAGCGGCCGAUUCUGCUUCCUCUCUGCCCCCCAAACUCCCUCCAAAGCCCAGGCCCAAGCCUAAAGUCAACCUGGAGCAGUUUCUUUCAGCUGGGGGGGUGGUUUCUACAAUGACUGGGACAGGAGGGGAGAUGGCUUUGGUGGUGAGACAGAGGAAGCUGGAGAAGGCGCCACCAUACACCCCAGAAAGUGACAGAACUCCCCUCUACUACUCCCCUUCCCCUCCAUCCACCCUGCCCCGUCAGUCUCGCUCCAGGGAACGCCCAAGACCCCGUCUGGAGCGAGAACUGACCAAUCGUGCCAGUUUCUCUCUGGCUGCACCCCUGAGAGACUCAGAUCUGUUGGACUGGAGAAUCACUCCCCGAGGCAGGGACAAAUGGAACUCCUCUCAGGCUUAUCAGAGCCCUGUAUCCCCUCUAAAUCCUGCCAGCGGGACCGUUAGUAAACGGCGGCACUCGCUGGAUAUGGGCUCCUCUGUCGCCUUAGCAACUGAUGCAGCGGCGACUGUUGCCAAGCGCUAUGGUGCUGUCAGUUACGCCAAGCGGCUGAGCGUGAUCUGGACGAGGCGGAGCCAGUCACUUCAUGGAAUGCUAGUGCAGUGUGCAUCAACGACAAGCACAGCGUCCUCGACAACCAGUGACGAGACCGAAAACGGCAGGGGAUUUGGAGGGCAGUGUGAGUUCCAACAGGGAUACAUCCAUGCUUACAACACCACCAACUCCAACUCUAACACCGGGAUCACUACUGGGAAAGGGAGCAGUGUGAAAGACAAGGGGAGGGAGAAGGGAAAGGACGGAAGGAGUGCUGAAGAACUGGAGGAAAGUGUUGUGUAGUUGGUGGUGUAAAGAUAUAAAAAAGAAAGUUAAGAGGGAUAAAGGGAUCUAAAAGAGUACAGUUUGAAUGGGAUUUGAGCAGGGCAAAGAGGUGGAGUCAGUGGAAAAAUUGAGGGAGCAGGAAAGGGAAGAUGAAGUGAUUGUAGACGAGGGAGGGAAGGUUGUGAGUUCAGAGGGAGAGGGAAGAGUAAAAUUGACUUGAAUCUCACUUGUGCAGCUCCUUGAUUUGCCAGGUGAGAAGUCAAGAAAAAUGGAGAGGAGACAAGAAAGUGUACUUGGAAGUGAGGUGAAGAUUUUUAACAGGCUCUUUUUAGCUGACUAAAAGACUUAUGGGUGGGAAAAUAAGUGGGGAGAAAGAUGUGACAGGAAAAGGGGGAGAAACAUAAUGGGACAGUUUUAAAACUGUCUUGAAAUACUCUAUGUUGAGUUCAAGCUGUAUCCGUAAAGAUGAAGCGAUACUAGAUAGAAAAGAAAGAACACAAGAGACAAACAAAACUCAGAAAAAUCUAGACAGAGCGACAAUUGUAUGAACAGACAAUGUGAGUGAUAUAUAUAGACACAAAGAAGGAGAGACGUAAUCAAAGAGGGGAAAACAUCAGUAGAGCAACAGAACAAAGGUUAUAUAGCACAGACGGAGAUAGUGUGAGCUCAGCAUGGAUCUCAGUAAAGCCUGUACACUAAUAGAACCAGACUUUUGCUAACACUUCAACUCUCCAGAGUUCCAGCCCCCACAACACAAGGGUUUACUCUGGAUCAAAAACAGCUACACUAUGGGUGAUACUGGAGAAACACUCUUCUCCGACAAAAAUCACAAACGUAAAAAAAAAGAUUCGGAUGACAUAGCUCUGCUUUGUUAUCUGGCUUUUUUUUGGACUCCAAAACGGACGGCGAUUUUGAAACUCUUUUCCAAAACACAAUGAAUGUGACUUUUAUGUGUCCUCUGUGGCUGCUCAACGAUUUUGACUUGCCGUGCCUGCGGAUUAUGGGAGCAUAAAUACAGAGCUGUGUGCAUUGGACAUGAUCAAUCGAUACGAGCUGGAAAGAGCGAGUUGAGCACAGGCAUUAUUAAAAGAAAGACAUCGGGAUUACAAUGGAGUUGAUAUGGAUUACAAAAUGGAGGAGAAGGGGGUGUAUGGUGGAACAUGUGCGUGUGUGCAUUUCUGAAACAUGAGAUCAUAUUGGAUGUCGGAUGAUAAAGGACCAAACGAAUGAAUGAUGCUAAUGGACCCUAAGUGUGCAUGCGCUGAUGGAUCGGGGGCAAGAUGCGAGUAUGUGUGGCUGUGUGUGUGACUGAGUGCGCACAUGUAUAUGAAUGUUUGUGAGGGGGCAAUCCAGUCAACCAGACUCCAUUACUGUUUUAAAAGUUUUGCCGCUUUCUGGACAUGCUGUAAAAAAAAAAAAAAGAAAAUAAAAAUAAAAGAUUUGACAGGGUCUUAAGGUCCGCUCAAAGCACAGUAAAAGUGAAAUGUUUAAAGACGUUUUACCAAAACUUGAAUUAGUCACAAUUUGCGCAGCUUGGUCAGAAAGCGACUACUUAAAAUUCAUUUUUGUGACUUCAGACUCCUUUGUGCCACAUGGAUUCACUUUUAAUCCAAAACAGUGAAUGUUUCCUGAAAGGAACCAGUUAAAUGACAGAACCACUAUGGAGGCCACUAACCUUUAGGAACUGUUCAUUAGAAGACUUUGUGAAACGUGUAAUGGGAUGACUGAUCCACUGGCACAGACCACAGAGACUCCUAACUUCUAUCAAAAAGAAAAAAAAAUGAAAAGAGAAAACUUGAAAGUACAUAUAUAUAUAUAUAGUAUAUAUAUAAAAUGAUGUUACUUGUCGCACCAUGUGUUUCUGUUUUUCAGAGUUUUCUGGGGGGUGAUGGUAGGAUCGAAUACAAAAUAUAAAAUGUGUGAUUUUUUGUUUUAGACAAAAAAUCUUCAUGAUUAGAGCAGAAAAAUGUUGACGAUAACUAGGCAGAAAAAUAAAGAUCAAACCAGAUACUGAAGAAGCACACACACAGCACAAAACACACAAACUGGCAAGCACACACACCCCAGAACACAGAUACACAUAAACAGAUGCCUAUAAAAACAGAGCCAAUUAAAUUAAUAAUGAUGACUUUUAACCAUUACUGUUGUUUCCUUUCUGUUUUUAUUUCAUUUUGCCAAAGUCAAUAUUGUUCUCUGGACUUGAUAUAAAUAAUAAAAAUUACAUGUAUGGAACAGAG